UUUCAUUAUGUCUGUCAUCACAAAAAAGUAAGUUCUUAAGAAGCGACCGGUGGUUGGGCGAACAGCCUCGGUGGUUGGGCGGCGCCCAACCUAGCCCACCCUUGGUUACGCCACUACGAUCCAUAUGGAAUAUUUCUCGAUGAAAAUGACGCCAUUUACAUUGCAGAUCGUUCCAAUCAUCGUGUGAUGAAAUGGGAACAAAAUGCAACAGUUGGUCAAUGGGUUGCGGGUCUCAAAGUAGAUGGAGACGGCACUCAUGAACUUCCAUUGAAUAUGCCACAAGAUAUCGUUGUGGAUAAGAAUGGUACGAUUUAUAUUAGUGAUGGAGGGUACUAUCCCAGCUCUUCUCGAUUCCGGCACAUUUUUCGCCGAUUCCAGCAAGUUCCGGCAGGUUCCUUGCCGCCGGAUUCCGGCCGGAAGUGCACCGGAAAUAUCCGAUCAGUUCCUGACCGUUUCCAGCUCGAGGUUUGCAGGAAACGGUCGGGAAAUGACUGGAACCUACGUUUUAACUUCCGGCCGGAAUCUGGCGGCAAGGAAAUGGUCGGAGAACGAACCUAA